AUGUUGGAGUGUUUUUGGCUUGGCGAAAAAACGGUUUAUGCUUUCAGGUACUUCUUCCAGCAAUGGUUCACAAAGCAUGGAUACGAAUGUGUAGGAGAUUUGGACAUUGCCUUUGAAGUGAACUUGAUUAUUGGAUUGUCAGUUUUACGAAGAAAAAUCGUUUCAGGAGCAGGAGAUGCGCUAUGGGGAGGAGCGGGUCAUAGAACAUUGUUCACGGGUGUCGGACCACGAACAGACGUUCGAGCCUUGAAAGACUUGGUCGAAAAACUGAAUGAUGGCACUCCCUUCAAGGUUAUGGGAUGUCGCUUGGUUGAUCCAAGGUUUUACCACAUUGACACCGCUUUUUGCCCACUUAACGAUGAACUAGCCAUGUACUUCCCGCAUGCUUUUGAUCCUAUUACCAGGCACAAUAUGCACAACGAAACUGGACUUUUACCAGUUUCCGAGAAAGAAGCUCAAAAUUUCGCAUGUAAUGCUGUGGUCGUAGGACGUAAUGUAAUAAUGAAUCACCAAAAUGACGAAACUGCUAACCAAUUGGAGAAGCUUGGAUUCAGAGUGAGGUAAGU